GAAUCUAAACUCUCUGUGAUUGCUUCCAGAUGUGGUGCAAGCUUUGAAGUUGAGAUAGUCACCGACCAAUUCGAGGGGAAGAGGCUGCUCGAGAGGCAUAGAUUGGUGAACACAGCCUUAGCAGAGGAGAUGAAGGAGAUUCAUGCUCUCUCCAUCAAGAAAGCCGCCACCCCUGAACAGUGGAAACAGCAGCAAGAGCCGGAGAAACCCACGUCCGCAGCUGCCUGA